ACAGACAUUUACCCACGUAGGCCAGGAGAGCGCUAACCACGGUCCUGUGACUCCACGCAGGUUCCUGGGACACGCCUUUUACAUUGUUACUGAACCGAUCAGCGAACACGGACAAACCUGCCAACACUUAAGUCUACUCGCUGGAUUUCAUCUCCAUGGCAACAAGCAUGGAAGGCCAAGAGGUGACUCCAGCAGGAAUUCUGAAGAGCCAUAAUGAUGUGACAGUGAAUAAUGAGUAGUACCUACUGUGGCAACUCUUCAGCUAAGAUGAGUGUCAACGAAGUAUCAGCUUUUUCAUUGACUCUGGAGCAAAAAACUGGCUUUGCUUUUGUUGGGAUUUUGUGUAUCUUCUUGGGGCUUCUUAUUAUCAGAUGCUUCAAAAUCCUGUUAGACCCGUAUAGUAGCAUGCCCUCCUCUACAUGGGAAGAUGAAGUUGAAGAGUUUGAUAAAGGGACAUUUGAAUAUGCACUUGCGUGAGAAUUCUACCUUUAGGGUUUUUAGGGUUAUGCCACUGGGACACAUGGAAUAUACAACUGUAAUUUCCUUGAACAUACUGGAAGAGUCUCAUUUCAUUCAGUAAAUUCAAUAAACAUGUGUAGUU